CAGUUGGAAACAGGCAGACUGGUUAAAUGACUUGCCCAGAGUCACACUGCUAAGAAUUUCUGGUGCUUGGUUUGAGCUCCCAUCUUCCUAUAGCAAAGUACUUCCAAAUGUUGGGGAAGCGUACAGUGCAGCUUCCCCGUUUUUCUUCCGUCGUAGGUGAAAUAGUUCUUUGGAGCCGUAACCAUUUUUGAUUGGGGCGAGAUGGGGGCGAGGGGUACAGGGACAGGAUCAAGAGAGCAUUCUUUGGGACCAGGAGUGAUAAAGGGUUACGAGGAAUAAUCGAGGGAGAAGAGAGAACAUUUCAGAGGGAGUGAUGAGAAAGUAAAGAAGGUGGCCAGUAGGUAGGGAGGUACCUUACUUUAGGGGAGACACCAGGCAGCUCUCAGCCCAGUGAGAGUCGAAGGAAUCCUUCAUGUAUUCUGUUGGCCCUGAAUUUGGUCUAAGUGUGUAGCUUUUCAUUUGUUUCCUUUUACAAAGUUGGAGGCUGUGUUGGUGCAUGAACUAAAGGAUGAAUUCUCAGCCAGCCUCUGGACUCAGCCCAGUUUUGUGAGGAGGGCUUAACUUAAGCUCCAGGGGUAUUAGGGCAGGGCUUCCAGGGUCUCUGUUCUCCCUCUCCUGAUCUGGGGAGUAGGAUGUUGUGGACUGUGGAUUGUUAGUGUUUAUUUUGUUUCGAGAUCUAUGUGGGUGGAGGGAGUAAUCCCUGGGGGCAAUGGGUAAUGCUCAUUUUAUUUACCUUUUUUUACCUUAUCGGGGAUAAACAAAUUCUCCAGAAAGACUGGUCUCUGUAACAAAAGAGGAAGCCGGAAUUUUGAGAUGUUUGGGAAGUUCUGGGGCACCAGGUCACUGUGAGGAGUAAAACCCUGGCUCCGGAACUGCCCCAAAGGCCGCUGGGGUUUGUUCGCUGUGGCUUCACAGCCCUCCUUCCUCACUCCUAGGUUUCUCCACCUUCUGCUGUGUGACCUCUGCUCCGGAGCUCAGCACCUACGUUUCCCAACCUCUUAGAAAUAGUGAUCUCUGAGAGGUCUGAUAGCCCAUUCUGCAGAGAUUACAGACAGGGCCUUACAGUGGGUGCCAUUCCAGAGCAUUCACAAACUACAGAGAUUUGGAGACUAAACCGGAAACCAAGGAGUCCACUUCAAGUUUGGCGUUUCUCUGGAAGAACCAUCCUGGGAAAGAAUCAGACCUCCCUGUGUCUCCAAAUUGGAAGUCAGCCAAAGGAAACCUAUUUGAAGAUAAGAAGUAAAGUAGAAUCUUCGGUGUAGGGCCAGUCCUUUGUCUACAGCACAAAGUGUCUUUUAGAGGCAAUCUCCACAAAUGUGAUACACAGAAAGAACUCUAGUCUAUUUAUACAGUGUAAAAAAAAAAAAAAACCAGCAGAAGGAGCUCAAAAAUGAUAUUUUCUAAGUAUAACGAUUGCGGGAAAUCCUUCAGUUAUAAUUCAGACCUUAUUGACUAUCAUAGUCUAAAUACUGAGAAGAAACCUUUUGAAUGUGGGAAAGCCUUCCAGUGGAGAACUCAGCUUACUCAACACCAGAAAAUUCAUACUAAAGAGAAACAUUACGAAUGUGAUGAAUGUGGAAAGGCCUUCUAUAAGAGGACACAGCUUACUCAACAUUGGAGAAUUCAUACUGGAGAGAAACCUUAUGAAUGCACUGAAUGUGGGAAGACUUUUCGACAGAGUGCCCAUCUUACUCGCCAUCAAAGAAUUCAUACUGGAGAGAAACCUUAUGAAUGUAGUGAGUGUGGAAGGGCCUUCAACCACAGCUCAUCCCUCGCUUCCCAUCAGAGAAUUCAUACUGGGGAGAAACCUUAUGAGUGUAAUGAAUGUGGAAGGGCCUUCAACCACAGUGCAUCUCUUGCUGCCCAUCAGAGAAUCCAUACUGGAGAGAAACCUUAUGAAUGUAAUGAAUGUGGCAAGGCCUUCCGCCAGAGCACAGAACUCACUCGACAUCAGAAAGUUCAUACGGGAGAGAUAUAUGUGUGUAAUGAAUGUGGAAAGGCCUUCCACCAGAACUCACAGCUUAUUUGCCACCAGAGAAUUCAUACUGGAGAGAAACCUUAUGAAUGUAAUGAAUGUGGGAAGACUUUCAACUACAACUCAUCCCUUGCUGCCCAUCAGAGAAUUCAUACAGGAGAAAAACCUCAUGCGUGUCGUGAAUGUGGAAAGGCUUUUUGCAAGAGGACGCAUCUUAUUCAACAUGAGAGAAUUCAUACUGGGGAGAAACCUUAUGAAUGUCAUGAAUGUGGGAUGUGUUUCCGUCAGAGUGCCCAGCUUAGUCGCCAUCAGAAAAUUCAUACUGGAGAGAAACCCUUUGAAUGUAGUGAAUGUGGGAGGUGCUUCCGCUUGAGUGCUGGUCUAACCAGACAUCAGAGGCUGCAUAAUUGAGAGAAACUUUAAGGGAGGCUUGCUCCAGAGCAAACACCUUAUUCAACACCAAUUCUUAGUAAAGAGAAAAACCUGAUGAAUAGAAUGGGGUUUUUCCUCCUUUAAAAAUUAUUGAUACAUCUUUUCACAGUAGAUCUCUCCUGACAAAUACCUAAAUACCCUUACAACAUAUAUUCUCAAAAGUUUUUCACUUGUUAACAAAAGGAGAGAUUUGUGCUUAUAUUUUGUAUAUUGUUUUACUAACAUUGACUACUGUAUUUGGCAAGGGUUUUUGUUUUCCUGAGCGCUGAUUUUAUUUACAUCAUUGAGGCAUUUAUGUCUGUCGAUGCUUUGACUUGGCUUUCCUUACUCUGCCACUCUUCAAGCACAUCUUCCCAAGUUUCUCCCAGUUAAUCUUUGUCAUCCCUUGCAGCCCGGUAAUAUUCUGCAGUAUUUUUAUAUUAGUUUAUUCAGUCAUUCCCUGAUCACCGGGAAUAUGUUUUGUUUCCAACCUUUGUUACCACACGUGAUGUAGCUCAGAACAUGUUUAUUCAGAUAGGUCCCAUCAAUAUCUUCCUUGAAGAUAGUUCCAAUAGUGGAAUCUGUGGAUUAAAGAAGUAUUAGCAGUUUGGUAAGUUUCCUUACUAAUUCCUCAUUAUUUUCUGGAGGGGUUGAGGUCAUCGACAACUCCAUGAAACAUGCUUGCCUUCUUGUAACCUCUCCAACAAUAAGUUCGUUACCCCAUCUUUUCUAACUUGAUACAUGAAAGGCAAUUCUUUAAGUAGUUUUCAUUUCAGUUUGUCUGAUUACAAAGGUCUGUUGAACAUUUUUUCAAGUACUUGAGCAUUUGUAUUUCUUUUGAAAGUUUUCAUAUGCUUUGACCACUUGUCUUUUGGGAACAAGUGUUAACCUAUAAACAUAUGGCAGUUGCCUUUUGGUUUUAAAUGUUAGACUGUUCUUAGAGAUAUUUAAUGCAAAGACUUUUCACCCAUGAUCUUUUCUUUUGAGUCUAGCUACAUUUUUAUUUAUGUAAAAACUUUUAAACUUUACAUAAUCCUAAUUGUGUUUUUUCUUUUGUGACCUAUCCUGUGAGUGAUUAAUAAUUUCCCUCUUUCCAUAGUUGUAAAAUAAGUAGGCUUCAAUUCUCC